AUGGCCGAAGCUGAUAUCGCCGUCAUCGGAUUGGCCGUCAUGGGUCAGAAUCUAAUUCUGAACAUGAACGACCACGGCUUCACCGUCUGUGCCUUCAACAGAACCGUCAAAGUCGUCGAUGAUUUCCUUGCCAAUGAAGCAAAAGGAACAAAAAUCAUUGGAGCUCAUUCGAUUGAGGAGAUGUGCAAGAAGUUGAAGAGACCUCGUCGUGUGAUGAUGCUCAUCAAAGCUGGAACUCCUGUCGAUAUGAUGAUCGAUCAAAUCGUUCCUCAUCUCGAAGAGGGAGACAUCAUCAUAGAUGGAGGAAAUUCCGAGUAUACCGAUUCGAACAGACGCGCCGAACAGCUCGCAAACAAGGGAAUUCUAUUCGUUGGAUGUGGAGUUUCCGGAGGAGAAGAAGGUUAG